CACAUGGGCCAGCUCUUAAAACUCCGUCACGUCUCUCACUUCAAACCCUCUAUUCCUCUUCCUUCCCGAGAAACUGUAGCAAAACGAUAAUCCAAACGGGAUAAACUUAAUCAGUCUUGUUUGCUCAGAUUCUUAGAGAUCGUGUGAUUGAAAGACCCAUGACUCUGUUCCCGAUUCUAACCGCCUCGUUUCUCUUCCUCUUCUGCGUUCCGUUCACCACCGCAUCUGCAGACGACGAUUUGCCGACGGCGUACACUCUCCUCCAAAGCUACAACUUCCCCGUCGGCAUUCUCCCCAAAGGAGUCUUGUCCUACGAUCUGGACGAAUCCACGGGGAAGUUCCACGCGUAUUUCGACAAGUCGUGCAGCUUCGCCCUCCAAGGCUCUUACCAAUUGGAUUACAAAUCGACCAUCUCCGGCGUCAUAUCGGAGAACAAGAUCACGAAGCUCACCGGCGUGAAGGUGAAAGUUCUCUUCUUGUGGCUCAACAUCGUGGAGGUUAUCAGGGACGGAGACGAGCUCGAGUUCUCCGUCGGGAUCACGUCGGCGAACUUCGCGAUCGAGGAGUUUUACGAGUCGCCGCAGUGUGGAUGCGGGUUCGAUUGCAACGGAUUGAAGUCGGAGAAUUUGGGAAGAAACCCUCUUGUCUCUUCGGUCUGAAGGUGCUUAGCUUAUUCACUUGUAAUUAAUUUAUGUGAAUGAGGGGGACUUUUCUUACAGAACCUGAACUCUUUGGAGGCUUUGGUUCUUUGUUUCAACAAUUGCUUUGCUUUGUAUCUGUUCUUAAGAAGAUCGUUGGAUUAAUCAACCAAUGUAUUGUACUCUUCCAAAAGUAAUAAAACGGUGCAUACAUUGGGAAA